AAAUCCAUCGAACCCCUUUCCCUCCCAACGGCUCUCUCCCUCUCUGUGAGAAACUACUUUUCUCAGUUCUUUUGUUACCCCUCCUCUUCAUCUCUCUGUCUCCAUUUCACUUCUCCAACAAAGGAACCAAGAAUUCACAACUCCUUGUACAUGGCGUAUCUGUAGAUCCGUUACCAGGUAUUGUUUUGAAACAAACUCCAAAGGAAAAUGGACAGGGCCUGUGAAGAGCUAGAUGAAGCUAAAGCUGAGAUUGAGAAGCUCAGGGUAGAUUUAAAAUGCAAAGCAGAACUGUCAGAGAAUUUAAAGAAAGCUCACAACGACCGAAUCAUUAAAAUUCAACAAGCAAACUCUAAAAUUGAGAAGCAGACCCAAGAACUCAGUGAAAAGGCCGAGGAGAUCUGUGUGGCAAGAAAAAUGUGUGAAGAUCUUCAAUGCAGUUUGAAUGAAAAGGACUCCAUCAUCAGACGUCUGAGCUCCUCAAAUGAUAAGCUUAGAGUUGAUUGUGAUGAGAAGCACAAAAAAUGGGAGGAGGAAAGACGUGGGUUGCUGUUGGCUCUAGAUGAGGCAAAUGAGAAGAACAUAGAUAAAGAACAAAAAAUUAAUGUAUUUAUGGCAGAGAUUGAGGGUCUUAAAGGGCUUCUAUCAACUUCACAGAAGAAGUGCUUGGAAGCAGAGAAAAAGGCCAAAGAAUCCAAAGAACUUCGAGAAAGAGAUGAUACGCUACUCAAAUUAGAGGAGGAGAAUAGCAAGCUUGAAGAUCAACUAAAAUGGAAGAAAGAACAAUUCAAACAUCUAGAAGAAGCACAUGAAAAGCUCCGAAAUCAGCUCAGGGAAAGCAAGAAAGAGUGGGAGCUGGAGAAGUCUGCACUAAUUGAUGAGAUUUGUUCCCUGCAGACAAGCUUAGAUUCUCAGACCAGAAUCUCAGAUGAUCUUCAAAACCAGUUAAAGAUGUGCAACCAAGCACUAGCUCAUGAAGAAAGCAGGAGAAAGUAUCUGGAAACUGAAAUUUGUGAAUUUAAAUCACGCUUUGAGACUGCUUUCACUGAGUGCCAAGAUGCGAAGUCUCAACUAGAACGCUUGACUGCUCAGAGGGACAAAGAAAUUGCAGCUCUGAGACAUUCAUUGGGCACAAAAGAGACGUUUUACAAAGAAAUUGAGUACCGAGCUGGGAAAUUAGAGCAAGAAAAUCAAGAGUUACUGGAAUCCCUUAAAGAACUCCAGGAAGCUCAGAUUCACGAGGUGGGAAAUUCUUCUUCUUUGGCAAAACUGCGAAACAAGCUCAAAAGAGUGGAGCAGAUGCACCAAGAUUGUUCUGCAAAUCUUAGAGCUAAAGAAGCUGAAUGGAGCUCUCAACUGGAAAAAUUGACUCAAGAGCUGAAUGGUUAUAGGUCUGCACUAGAGAGCAAAGAAACAGAAGCAAAAGAGCUAGAGCUAGAGUUGGAAAAUUGUCACUCUGCAAUAAUGCAACUGGAGUUGCGGAAUGAGGAGGCAUCAGUGAUGUUGUUGGUCUUGAAAUCAGAACUAGAAGAGGCUCAUUUGACCCAUAAAAAUGCUGAGGUUGCGAUGAAUCUCCAUGACAAAGAAAGAGAUGAAACUGUGUCUCUCUUGAUGAGGCAGCUGGAGAUGAAGAACACUGCUCUGGCUAAAGCACUGGAAAGCAAGAAAGAGUGGGAGCUGGAGAAGUCUGCACUAAUUGAUCAGAUUUGUUCCCUGCAGACAAGCUUAGAUUCUCAGACCAGAAUCUCAGAUGAUCUUCAAAACCAGUUAAAGAUGUGCAACCAAGCACUAGCUCAUGAAGAAAGCAGGAGAAAGUAUCUGGAAACUGAAAUUUGUGAAUUUAAAUCACGCUUUGAGACUGCUUUCACUGAGUGCCAAGAUGCGAAGUCUCAACUAGAACGCUUGACUACUCAGAGGGACAAAGAAAUUGCAGCUCUGAGACAUUCAUUGGGCACAAAAGAGACGUUUUACAAAGAAAUUGAGUACCGAGCUGGGAAAUUAGAGCAAGAAAAUCAAGAGUUACUGGAAUCCCUUAAAGAACUCCAGGAAGCUCAGAUUCACGAGGUGGGAAAUUCUUCUUCUUUGGCAAAACUGCGAAACAAGCUCAAAAGAGUGGAGCAGAUGCACCAAGAUUGUUCUGCAAAUCUUAGAGCUAAAGAAGCUGAAUGGAGCUCUCAACUGGAAAAAUUGACUCAAGAGCUGAAUGGUUAUAGGUCUGCACUAGAGAGCAAAGAAACAGCAGCAAAAGAGCUAGAGCUAGAGUUGGAAAAUUGUCACUCUGCAAUAAUGCAACUGGAGUUGCGGAAUGAGGAGGCAUCAGUGAUGUUGUUGGUCUUGAAAUCAGAACUAGAAGAGGCUCAUUUGACCCAUAAAAAUGCUGAGGUUGCGAUGAAUCUCCAUGACAAAGAAAGAGAUGAAACUGUGUCUCUCUUGAUGAGGCAGCUGGAGAUGAAGAACACUGCUCUGGCUAAAGCACUGGAAGAUAACAAUGAAGAACGUCAGAAAGCUGCUGCUUUAUUGAAAAGAGUUGAAUCCUUGGACUUUAUUGAAGAGCAGAAACUCCUAUUAGAGAAAGAGCUUGAAAGGUGCAAGGAAAUACUUCAAGAAUCAUCCAUGUCUCAACUUCACUUUAAGGAGCAAGCUUUGCAGACAGAAAGAGAGCUGCAAGAGAAAAUUAGAGAACUUUGUGAUGCCUUAGACAUGGCAAAUUCAGAAUUGACCACAGAACGUGAGAAGGCAGUUUCUUUGUCAAUGAAAGCUGCAUACUUAGAUACCAUUGAGGAAAAGCGGCAAUUGAUGGAGAAAGAGCUUGAGCAGUAUAGUGAAAUGCUUCAGGAGUCAUCCAGGAAACAAAUUCGCUUAGAAGAGCAAGCUUUUGACAUGGAAACUGACUUCAAAGAGAAACUUAGAGAAGUUUGUGAUGCAUUGGACAAUGCAAAUUCUGAAUUGCAUGAAGAGCGUGAGAAGGUGGCAUCUUUAUUGAGGAGGGUUGAGUCCUUUAAUUUUAUUGAAGAGCAGCAGAAUCUGAUGCAGAAAGAACUUGGGAGGUAUAAACAAAUGAUUGAGGAAUCAUCCAAGUGCCAACUUCACUUACAGAAGGAAACUUUACAGAAGGAAAGUGAUUCUCAAGAGAAACUUCAAGAAGUUUGUGCUGCCUUAGACAGAGCAAACUCCGAGUUGGCAUUGAAAAUUUGUGAAGUACAAGCAGUUGAAUUUGAAUUGUGGAUAUGGAAAUCUAUUGCUCAACGCUUAAAUGACGACCUUGAAGAAAAUCAGGCUUUGCGUAAAGAACUAGAAGCUUCACUUCUUGCACAAGUUGAAGUCGGGGAAACCUUCAAACAAGAGCUUAAAUCAAGAGAGUCAGAAGCUGCUGCUUCUGCUAGAAUGGAGGCAGUCAUGUCCUUUGAGUUGGAGAAAGAGAGUUUUCUCCGAACCAUGAGAGAAAAGGACAUGAUCUUGGAGGAUCUCCAGAAAGAGAUUGGUUGGCUGGAAGAAGAAUCACUGAGAAGAGAUUUUGAAGAUGCAGUUGUUGCACAUGUAGGGGCAGAGAGGACUCUUGAGUUUGAAAAAGAGAAUUUUAGACAGCUUCUAGAAGAGAAAGAUCAUAGCAUAGAUGAACUCCUACAGUUUGUAGGAUCAAUGGAGCAAAAACUUAAUUGCUCUUUAAGCUCUUUUUCUUCAGAGCUUGCAGAGAAGCAAGCUGAAAUUGGUUUAGUCCAUGACGCUUGGGAGAAGAUAGCUGCCACUGAGAUUCUCGCCCAGCUGGAAAUUGAAGAGAAGAAGUUGAUGAUUGUGGAGCUGGAGGGUGACAUCUGCUCUAUACAACAGAAACUGGAAGCACAGGAAAAAUCCAUGUCUUCUUCACAGCAGCAAGCACUGGAGAUAGAAGCUAAACUUGAAGCAAAGCAAGUAGAAAUGACGAAAUUAACAAAUCAAAUGAAAACCAAGCUGAGAACUUCAGAAGCCAUGGUUAAUGAGCUCACGAGCGAGAAAAGAAAUUUGGUUGAAGAUGUAAUGAAGUUGUCAACAGAAAGGGAGAAUCUAUUGGGUUUUAUUGUGGGACUUUGCGACAGGAUCAGUCAGUUCUCUAAUGAAGAUGAGCAACUGGUUGGAACCUUGGAACGGAUGAUGCAGUCUCUUAGUGAUAGUGGAUCUGGUUUGGCCUUGAUGGGAGAUGGGGAAGUUCUCAAGUCUGUGGAAGAGAUUGAGAAUACCAAUCCUUCACCCACAACAGAGAAAUUUCAGGCUGUUCUUGGCCUUGAUAGAUCACCAUUUCGAGAGCUCAACUAGAAACUGGGGAUUCUUCACUUUAUUUUAUUUUAUUUUAUUUUUAAUUUUUCCCUUAUUGUUACCAUGCAAUUUUUAAGCAUGGGAUUUGUGGUCUUAGUUUGUACAUGAUGCACGUGUAUGCAAUCUGUUUCUGUGCUAUGAGAAUUUGCCCCAAAUUCAGAUUGAUUUGCUA